CGCCCGGUAACUCAUUCAAAUCAUGUAUCCAGCUCGGUUGAGAUCCUGAGCCAUGUCUAGUUCAAGGAGCGACGGGGGCAUCAAUAUGUCUGAGAUGACCAUGGCAGCUGACCCAGCUCCUGAUGCCGAAGAAGGAAAGCCGACACGUGUCCUCCACGAGGGCCCCAUGCCACGCCACGUUUGGGAGAGUCGAUCGCCCCCACGGUGGCGUUGGUGUGGGAUGCAUCUGGAGGAUGGGAACGAGUUGGUCCAUCGAGCAGCGCGCAGGAUGGAGGGCCUGAGACUAUGUGUGCAGUUCAGCCUUGUCAUGGGCCUCACAUUCUUCGUCAUAGGCUUAGCCUUGGCGUGGUAUUUGAAGGAGUCCCUGCUGCGAGUUCCACUGCGCUGCUGGGAAGACACCUUCGGACCUCUGAGGAGGAGCCCCAUUCGUAGCGUCCGAACGCUCCUAGUAAGGAUUUGGGAUUUGGAGCCACCGACCUUAGAGAGGUCGCGCUUCGAGGAAGAGACGAAUCUUUGGCAUGUCGUGAUGUUUGGUGCCAGCACGUGGAUUGGACGGCUCCAGGACCUGGCAUUUGCCUUCUGGAACUGGACGAUGAUCAGCCUGUGGAAAGGCCCUUGGUAUGCGCGUCCGGUCGCGCUGACAAUUGUGUGCCUUGGCGCCCUGCCAUUUUGUUUCGUCUAUGCUGGACCUUGGGAGAUGAGGUGGUGCUGUGAGAAGUAUCUGAUGCAUAUGCCAGAGGGGAUUCUCAUUCUGCAUCAGCUCAAGGUUGCACACGAGGUCUUUGGACGGAAGCUAAGCCCAGAAGCGGUCGCGGAGAUGGAAGCGUUCAUGGAAUGGAAGGAUGCCAACUUGUAGGCCGCUGUAGUUUGGUUCGGAAACACUCUGAUAGACUAGAGGUUCUCAGUGUGAACCAUUUGGUUGCAGAGUACCAGGUUUUGGGAGAAACAGAGUUGGCCAGGUUGACGGACAUUUCAAUAGUUGAUGCUACAAAAGAUUCUAGCCCUUCGUCAUGAAGGUGAUCAGCAAAAGCCUGUCGUGUGGAA